AUGAAAUGUAACGGUAAAGUAGGUUAUUUUUUAAAUUUAAAAAAAGAAUAUGGUGAUAGAGCUGAAAUAUUAUUUAAAAAAUUAGAAGAAGAAAAGAAAGUUCAAGGUGCUUUUAUAACAGAUUUUAUAAAAAGUGAUUUUAUUAAUAUAACUAAAAUUUUAUUAUAUUUGAUAAAAAAUAAUAAGGUAAAAACUAGCUUUGAUGGUUUAUAUAUUGAUAAGGAAUAUAGUAAUUUUUUCUUAUAUGAAAAUGAAAAUAAUAAAAAUGAUAGAAUUGAUGAAAAAAUGUUAGUUAAUAAUAAAAUAAAUUUAUGUCUAAAUAAUUUUGAAGAAAUACAAAAUGAUUUAAAUAAAUCUGAAUUUACAAGAGAAAAUAUGAAUAAUGAUUUAAAUGAAUACAUAAAAAAUGAUUCAGAAAAUAUAAAAAAUAAUUAUGAAAAAUUAAUUUUAAAUAAAUCAGAAUUAUUAAAUAUAAAUGAUAUUAUGAAUUACGAUGGAUAUAUAGAAAAUAUUGAUAAAGUAAUAUAUUAUUUAAAUCCUUGCUCUGUUUUGUCAGCUUAUUUUAUGGAUAUAAAAGAAAAUGAAUAUGUAUUAGAUAUGUGUGCAUCUCCUGGUGGUAAGUCGUUAGUUAUAGCAAGUAAGUUAUUUGGAUAUUAUACAUCACCGUUAAACCGAAUUAAUAAUAUUAAUAUAAAUGAUAAAGAUAUUGAAAUAAGUUGUUGCUUAAAUAUGGUUAAUUUCUACAAAAUGAACAGAGAAGGAUUUUUUGUUAUUAAUGAAUAUAAUAAAGUUAGAUAUGAUAGAUUAAAACAGGUAUUAAAUAAAUAUUUACCAAAUGAUUUAAUUAAUUCUAAUAAUUUACACAUAACUAAUUAUAAUGGUUUAAAUUUAAAUUCAUUCAUGAGGUUUCCAAAAUUUCACAAAAUUUUAUUAGAUGUUCCUUGUUCAUCUGAUGAGUAUUUAAUAAAAAAAAAUACGAAUGAUAUAAAAAAAUGGUCUAUUAAUGUUAUUAAAAAUAAUUCUAAUGUUCAAGUUGAAUUAUUGUAUAAUUCUUUUCAUCUACUUCAUUUAAAUGGUUUUAUAAUUUAUUCCACUUGUGCAUUAUCACAUUAUGAAAAUGAUUAUGUAAUUGAAAAAUUAAUAAAAAAAUUUAGAAAUCAAGUUAAAAUUAUUGAUUUCAUAGAAGAAGAAUUUCAAAAACAAUAUAAAAAGUUUUUACAUAAUUUUCAAGAAAAUAAUAAAAUAAAAGCUUCUACAACAAAAAAUUAUAAUUCUGAUAAAAAUUAUAAUCUUAAAUUUGAAAAUAUAGAUAACAUUAAAAAGAAUAAUGACAAGCAUAAUCAUGAUAAUAUAUUUUCUAAUAAUUGCAAUUCAAAUGAUAAUAAUCUUAAUGAUCAUAAUUCAAGUCAUGAUUAUAACACAUACUACAUUAAUCAAUUUAAUAAAUAUAAAGCAAAAAGUAACUUUUUAAAAUUUUUCGAAAAAACAAAAUAUGGUUAUAUUUCUUUACCUGAUAAGUCCCCAUUUGGUAUUUUAUAUAUUUGUAAAAUUCAAAAAAUUUUAAAUUAA